AUGGAUACAUGUCAAUUUACGUAUGUCAGUUUGAGAGACGGUAUCCAACGAACAGCUUUGGGUGUUGAACAGGCUUGGGAAGUCUUAUGUGCUAAAUUACAUCGUGAUGGAACUGGUUUAUCCAAUGGUAUUCAUUAUUUUACGAUCAGUGUUGAUGGUCCUCAACUAUUCGCUGUUGAUACCGAGAGUGAUAGUGUUUACUAUCAUGAAUGUGGAGUAUGGUGCCGUUAUGUUACAGCCCGCGACAUCAUUUUUGGUACAAUACCCGACGACGGUACUGGUUGUCCACCGAGAGCAACGGCUGAUUCACAACAAUGA